AUGGGUGACGACAUUGAAUUAUCUUUCGACGAUACGUUCGAGGAUCACUCUGUAGAUUCUGACAAUAAUACUAUUUCAAGAUCAAACUCUUUUAAACUAAAAAAAGGUGGUACUGAUAGUCAAAGGAAAAAAGAUAAACGCCGAUCAAAGCUUUGGUAUGAAAAAUCAAAUCCUCAACCUCAAAGUGAUAGUGAACAAAGUACCGGUACUCAAGAAACAAUUCCAACUGCUAUUGUUAUAAAGAAUAUUCCAUUUUCCAUAAAGCGUGACGCGCUAUUGGCUACUCUCAAUGCCCUUGACAUUCCAAGACCAUAUGCUUUUAAUUACCAUUUCGAUAACGGCGUCUUUAGAGGAUUGGCAUUCGCUAAUUAUAGAACUCCUGAAGAAACCGAUCUUGUGGUUUCCGCAUUAAACGGUUAUGAAGUUGCUGGUCGAAAACUCAGGGUUGAAUAUAAGCGUGUUUUACCCGCUGCUGAAAGAGAAGCCAAAGAAAGAGAAAAAAUGGAAAAACAAAAGGUUGAUAAAGACCUAUCAAAUCAAGAU